AUGAAGCAAGAGUUGGCAUGUCAAAGGUUAACCGAUUAAAACCCUUUAAUAUCAUAUAGGAAAAAAUUGGACUUCAUUUCAGAGGAAAUGGUCUGGGUGAAGACCCAUAUACAAAAUAUCGAAGCCAAGCAAGCCGACAAUCGUCGAGCGUUGCAAGCAGUUAACUUUGUUUCCAAAGUGAAGCCUCCCCUUCUACAACUGUCUUUGCGGACUGCCGAGGCGUAUAAAGACUUUCUGACGAAAAUUGGAUCGGACAAUGAGCUAGCGCAGGAAACGGUGUGUAAACAAGCUUGGACACUCAUUACUGCUUAUAGGUAAAGCAUUUGUCCACCGUUGGGGGACGGACUGAAAAGGAGUUCGUACGUAAUCUCCUGACAGCCCUUCUUGGACCUCCCCUCUGCCAAACUUUCUGUUGGGCUGGCUCCAACGACAAGAAGUAUUUCGUAGGGAGCCCUCUAUUCAGUGUCCUAAGUGGUCUGUUUAUUAUGUUUUUUUAACACCUGCAGAUGCAAUACGCUGUAAUGAGCAGUACCGUAGCUGCCAUUCCGAAGUAAUUCGUCAAACAGCUAUUGAAUGGUUCCAUGGAAUACGAGACAGAUACGGAGGGCGAGCCAAACGGCGUCGAAUAGCUGAUAUGGUACUUACUUUUCCAACAAGUUUUUACAACACAUUGACUUAGGGUUCCCUAGAACAUUCAACAAGCAGCUUUGAACUUUCGCAAACAAUAUCGGAGGACACAGUGAGUAACUUCAUAUUUGCUAUGUAG